UGUCAAUACAUUUGCCUAUAUUACUGGAUACGGUCCAAAUUGUUUGCAUCUGAUUUCAGAACUGAAGAGCUUUGCUGAUAAGCGGCAUACAAGGAAUGUUCUUGUACAAGUUCUUGAACUCUGCGAUAGGGUAUCCUUCUAAGAAUUCUCCAUCGUGUCUCUACGCCUCAAAUUCCACAGAGAAAAACAGAUCGUUGCGUCGUCGGCAAUCGUUGUGACCAAUUGCAAUUCGCUGAAAAGAAUAGCUAGAUUGGCAAAUAAAUCUUUGCAGUUAAGCAUUUCAAAAUCGCCAUGGAAACUGUUGCUUUACUCGCUAAUUUGCUGCUCACCAUGUACGCUGUUGAAGUUACGAAUUCAGCUGCAAUUCAAGCCGAUGUAGACCCUUCAAUGCUUUCUUCUAAUUAUCUUAAACCAGCUACACAAGUUGAAGUUUUAUCCUACCGCGUUAACAAAGUGAAGAGUGACUCAAGAUCCAACGGGCAAAUCAUCCUUGAUAGAGAGCAUCGUGAUGAAUUCAAUGAAGUGCUCGAUUCUUUCCUCGGUGGUAACCCUGUGAAAUAUCAAGACAGAGAUGAGGUACAUCAGGAAGAUCUGCUGACAGGAUUGCAGGAGACAGACAAGACGUCAAUUAAGUUUCUUGGCAAGGAGGAUUCAUCUAAUACUGACUUUCCGUCGUCGGUUCAGAAUGUCCCCACUUACAUGAUGGACCUCUAUAAUGCGUUCAGCAAGGAUCGUUAUGUCCAUCCGGACGCCGAAAUAAUUCGCAGUUUUCUGAAUGAAGGAUCAAGUGACUUAGAUGACAGUUCAUGCUUCGGAUCAGUGACGUCAUUGGAACAUGGAGUAACCGGUGAUCAUUACUUACUGUUCAACAUAACAAUGCCAUCCCACGAGACCGUUGUCAUGGCGCAGCUUCGCAUCUUCAUCAAGGUUGCUUAUGGCAACACACAUUAUGGAGGCAUUGCUCGUAUCAUCCUUUCUCAUGACUUGGAGGUUGGCACGAAGCUGCUGACGUCACGGGUCAUAUAUAGACAAACUGAUGGUUGGGAAAGCUUUGAUUUGACUAGCAUAGUUCGGCUAAUUGUCAGUCAGUCAAAGGUUUCUAAAAAUCCAUCUGAUGUUUGGCCUGUGGCAUCCCAGUCACUAUGCCUUGGGAUCCAUCUACAACCAUUGAUACAAAUUGACGGCAGGUCAUAUCUGGAUGUCGAUAUCUCAAAUGUUAUCGAGUUCGAGCCGUUGCUGGUCGUUUAUUCAGAUAACUACGAGAAACUCCAACACAUGGGUUACCUGAAAAGGCAAGAAAUGCUAGCACGUGAUCGUAUUCAUUCAGAUAAAGCUGGCCUGGCGAUAACAAGUAAUAGCGCCACCAUCGUUCGCAGUAAGAGAGAUGCAAUGAGACAUCAUCGCCUGUGUAAACGAAGACCGAUGCAAGUUAUCUUCAAGGAUAUUGGAUGGGAUGAUUGGGUGAUUGCUCCAACACAUUACCAAGCCUUCAAAUGCUCUGGAAAAUGUGUCUUCCCAUUAACUGACCAUUGGAGUCCUACUGUACAUUCGAUCAUUCAAACAUUAGCUCACGAGUAUGAUCCAGUAGGCGUGGACAAUCCGUGUUGUGUACCUACUCAACUCGGCCCAAUAUCAAUGUUGUAUCUUGAUGAGAAUAAUGUACUGACGUAUAAAUAUCGAUAUGAGGGUAUGGUGGUAAAGAAAUGUGGAUGCCACUAAAAAGGGUUGCCAUUAAAUGUGAUCAACCCCAAAAAAUGCUGUGAUUAAUUUUAUUAUGACGUGGGAGGCUUGCUAAGAAAACAUCACUACUCUCAAUACAAUUUUCAUUAGGAAACACGGGGUCAACACACUUUGUAGAUGCUAGAGAUCGUUUCAUUUGCAAUUAAACGGAUAUGAAGAUUCAAGACAUUUAUUUUAAAACAGUACACCACCUAUAAUAA